CUCUCCAAACCAGCGCCUUUUCUCCAUCUCCGGCGACCGGCGACCGGCGAAUCUCAGAGCUUCAGGGAGGGACUUCGGAUCGCGAUCCAACACCGACGAUGAGGGAGAUCCUGCAUAUCCAGGGCGGGCAAUGUGGGAACCAGAUCGGAGCGAAGUUCUGGGAGGUCAUUUGUGACGAGCAUGGCAUCGACCCGACGGGGCGCUACGGUGGCGACUCGACGUUGCAGCUUGAGCGUGUCAAUGUCUACUUCAAUGAGGCUAGCGGUGGCCGAUUUGUCCCCCGCGCUGUGCUUAUGGAUCUGGAGCCUGGGACCAUGGACUCCGUUCGCUCCGGCCCUUUUGGGCAGAUCUUCCGGCCGGAUAACUUCGUCUUUGGUCAGUCCGGUGCUGGGAACAAUUGGGCCAAGGGGCAUUACACCGAGGGCGCAGAGCUCAUCGAUUCCGUCCUCGAUGUCGUUCGUAAGGAGGCCGAGAACUGCGAUUGUCUCCAAGGAUUCCAAGUGUGUCAUUCCCUGGGAGGAGGCACGGGAUCUGGAAUGGGAACUCUUCUCAUCUCCAAAAUCAGGGAAGAGUACCCUGAUCGUAUGAUGUUGACAUUCUCGGUUUUCCCAUCACCUAAGGUUUCUGACACUGUUGUGGAACCAUACAACGCCACACUCUCUGUUCACCAGCUUGUGGAGAAUGCUGAUGAAUGUAUGGUCCUUGACAAUGAAGCUCUGUAUGAUAUCUGCUUCCGCACUCUCAAGCUUGCCACUCCUACCUUUGGUGACCUUAAUCACCUCAUCUCUGCUACCAUGAGCGGUGUCACAUGCUGUCUGCGGUUUCCUGGUCAGCUGAACUCUGACCUCAGGAAGCUUGCAGUCAACCUGAUCCCAUUCCCUCGACUCCACUUCUUCAUGGUGGGCUUUGCACCCCUGACCUCCAGAGGCUCCCAGCAGUAUCGCGCUCUUACCGUGCCCGAACUGACCCAGCAAAUGUGGGAUUCAAAGAACAUGAUGUGUGCUGCUGAUCCUCGGCACGGCCGCUACCUCACUGCUUCAGCCAUGUUCCGUGGGAAAAUGAGCACAAAGGAAGUGGAUGAACAAAUGAUCAAUGUCCAGAACAAGAACUCAUCCUACUUUGUAGAGUGGAUUCCAAACAAUGUAAAAUCCAGUGUUUGUGACAUCCCACCCAGGGGUCUAAAAAUGGCAGCUACAUUCAUGGGGAACUCAACAUCCAUUCAGGAGAUGUUCCGGCGAGUUAGUGAACAGUUCACAGCCAUGUUCAGGAGAAAGGCUUUCUUGCAUUGGUACACCGGAGAAGGCAUGGAUGAGAUGGAAUUCACUGAAGCUGAGAGUAAUAUGAAUGAUCUUGUGGCUGAGUAUCAACAGUAUCAGGAUGCAACAGCUGAUGAGGAGUAUGAGGAGGAAGAGGAGGAAGAGGAAGUUGAAACCUGAGCCAUGAUUUUUAUUCACUGAAUGCUUGUUUUUUCUCCUAAUCAUCUUCUUGAUCUUUGUGUGUGAGGUUUUGUUUGAAGCAACAACAGAGGAACAUUGAUUGAAUGUCUUGUGUUUCUUUGUAUGAGACUUUGAGAGUCUAUAUUUAUGUGUCUGGAGUUUGUGAUUUGGUUGCUUAGAAUUUUCAUGGCUAACAACUCUUUUGAUCAUAUUGUUGUUGAAUUUUAUUAGAUAUUGUCUGUAGCCAAGUUUGAUGAAAUUUAGUAUUGGUUUAUUAGUUA